UAAACAAUUCCCAAAUUAAGAAUGUACAUUAAAAUCAUAAAUCCUAUAAAAUAUUUAAUAAGACAAUUAGUAGGAGAUGGCUGCCGACAUAAGAAAUUAUCUUAAUGCAAGCAAAGAGACAGAACAAAAUCUUAGGUGGCGCUUCAUCCAUUGGCACUUCAACUACAGCCUCAACUUCAGCUCUCAAGUCUUGACCCGUGAACCAGAGGGCCAGAGUUCAUAAAAGGACACAGAAUUCACAACCAUUAUCAGAUUUGCAACGAAACUAUCUCUUCUUUUGCUUAUCUCGCUACGAAUUGCAGUUCUGCUAUCAGAUUUCCCACAGAUUUGUCCAAAAGAUUCAGUACCAGUAGAUAUCAAGGCUUCAGAAUAUGGGUACAGGUCUAAGAAAUUUGCUCUGCUCAUUAACUUUCACUAUAUGUUUCAUUCACCAAAGCAAUGCUGCUGCUGCUCAGCAGAAGCAGCAGCUUCCAUCAGUAAUUGUGGCAGGUUCUGUAUACUGUGACACAUGCUUUCAGCAGGAGUUCACCGCAUUCAGCCGCUUUAUUCCAGGUGCUUCAGUUGCUGUAAAAUGUAAUGGCUUUCAGAAAGAAGUGAAGACAAACCAGCAUGGAGUGUUCAAGAUGCACCUCCCAUUGGACGUAGCAAGCCGAUAUGUUGAUACGAUAAAAUCAUGCUCGGUGAAAUUGGUGAGAAGCAGCUGGCCAUUCUGCUCUGUGGCUUCCUCUGCAACCUCUGCAGGUCUUCGGCUCAAAUCAAUAAGGAAUGAUGUUCACGUGUUUUCUGCUGGUUUUUUCACUUUCAAGCCGCUUAAGCAGCCAGAUGUUUGCAACCACAAGACAAAACUUUCAGCAUCAGCAAAAUACUCAGUUGCUGGUACUGGUCCAAAGAGAAUGCAAUCUGCGCUCUUUUUUCCACCGUCAAUUUCAUUCCUGCCUUCAACACCAAACAUCGGUGGAAUCCCAUUGCCACCCAAUCCAUUUCAGCCACCACCAUCAAUCUUGCCACCACUUCCCUUUCAGCCAUCACCACCACCAUUUCUCAAUAUUCCACCGCUUCCUAACAUUCCACCCCUUCCUACCUUAGCUCCACCGCCACCACCGCCAGCAUCUAUUUUCCCUCCAUUACCAUUUCCUCCUAUUUUUCCAGGUAAUCCACCAGCUUUCCCUACACAGAGAAACACUCCAUGAAGGAACUGAACUGCUUAUGUACUGUCAUUGUUAUUUCCUUAUGCAUCAAAUAAUGCUAGCAAGAAUGUCACAUGUUGAAUAAAAUGAGGUGUAUGCUUUCAGUCAAUCAAUUUUCAAAGCUUGAUCAGUAACAAUCAAAUUUCAAGGGGAAAAUAUCACCCUCUAUAAGAAACUGUGGCUUGUGUUA